AUGCCUCGUAAGGAGUAUCUUCCUCCGCGUCCUGCUCCAGCACCCUGGACAGCUUCGAGAUGCAAACGGACCCUUCGACAACUUACCUCGUUCGUCAACAGACUGGAAAGAUGGCACAAGGCGUUUCUGGCUGCUCAAGAGGAGGACGCAGCGCAAGACAACAUCGAGGAGCAAGAGAAGGAGUCGGCCCCCGUCGGGGCAUCAGAUUGGUUGGCAUCCGAUGCGAACUUGAGAAACAAAAGGGCAAAGAAAAACUAUUCAUCCCGCAGGACCACUGCUCCGAAAACACCGCUGUUAAAGCGUCCACCCCCUCGACGGCCCGUUAUGACUCCUCGCAAUAAUGCCAUCCCAUCCAUCUCCGCAUCCAUAAAAGGGCAAACUCCGCCGCAGCCUGGGCAGUCUCAACACGCAACAAGAGGUGGAGAAGGCUGGAGGACCGCGAUCCGAUACAAUGGAGACUUCUCGCAAGAGUGGUCGCCUAGCACCGCUCAUCUUUCCCAAGAGUAUGAGGCUAUAAUGCAGCAGGGCCGGUCGACCAUGAUCACAUUCCUUGUUGUCACAUCGGAUCCUGGACUUCCUUUGAUGCGGGAAACCCGGGAGGUGCCUCCUCAGCAGGGCGCAAGAUCCCUCUUCGACAUGUGUCUAGACAAGAUGUCUCGACAUACUGUUGAACAGCAAAAGGACAAUGAAUCCAGCAAUGAUGGUUAUGAGGGACAACAGGAUAUUCUCGGUUCAUACCUCCAAGAGCUUGAGGACUAUUUUGGCGACCCCAAGUCAGGAUGGCCUUCACUGAGGACGGUAGUACGGACCUGUGGUAUUCACUUGAUAACCCGGAUAACGAAGUCAGGAGCACUUCGUUGCAGCACAGCUACACAGAUCGUCUCCCGUGGCCGUAAUCCUUUCCUGCGUGACUUCCACCAAGCCAUGUCACUCGCCCUGGUUGAAGCCCACUGUCGCAAGUACGAUGUCAACGACACUAUCUGCCAUAUGCCAGGCGACAGUAGCUCUGCCGGACCAUCAGCCCAACAGUGCUUGGAUGGAUCCAUGAAAAUGUUGUGGACGCUACGACAACUGCAGGAAGCAGAAAUCCCGGCAGCUGUGAUUGACCGCUCCAUACGCUACCGGCAUCUACAUUCCCAUUUACUGCUGUACAACAGGAGUGCGGAUCAAUCCAAUCUUCCAGUUCCCGAGCUACUCGAAACGAUAUUUGUGGGAGCUUUAUCGCCACGGGGCAGGAUUGACCGAUUAGAGCUGCUACGUGGGGGCUUACUUGACACGAUGAAACCAUAUUGCCGCGCAAUGUCUAAAGAGCUCUGGCAUCGACUCAAAGCAACGCUGAAUCUGAUCUUCUCCUUUUGUGGCCAUGCACCCACGGCCGCGACCUACAUUCCCAUCAUCGAGAGGAUGUCAAAGAAGGUGCAGACACUUGUGGAGCUGGAUAUACAUUCGCAGAUGUGGUAUUACCAACGUUGCCUUGCCGCGCACAUCUUUUUCGGGAAUCUUGUCCAGCGGUUGAUUAAUCGUCGUCGCGUGGAUGCAGGUCUGCUAACAAGCCUCGACACCGUUAUCUCUGAUGAAUGCUUAUCGACGGUUUCUGGUGGAGUGAUAGCCACAAUCCUUUGCAUGCUCGCUGAGUCUGGAACUGGCUUUCAAGCAUUCCUAGAACAGAUGUUGGUAAUGGAUUGCAAGGACUACGGAAAGCUCAAUUUAGCUCUCGCCAAGAUUGGUGCAGGAGCUGCUCAAGAAUACACCGUUGCAUAUCCAGAGCGCUAUACCGACGAGCGUUGGGCAGAGGACAUCAGCGAAAGAUUCCGAGCAAAGCUGCAGCACCUUGUUGGCCGUGAGCCACGUACACCUUCCUUGAAGUUGGACCCGACAUACUUGUGGGAUGCAACAAUUGCAGAAUGGAUCGCGGUGACUCCCCAGGCUAGUCAAUCAAGCAAGAAAAAGAAGCCUACCACAUCGCGGGACCGCAUUCGUGCAGUCGAUUGCCUAGAGAAGCAUCAAGGGCUUCCCACUGUCCGACCAGCUCUCGCACCCUUGUCCGGCAAUGUUGCUAUGAUCAAUGCAAACCGAAAAAGGCGAAAGAGUGCGCCGACUGACUUCGAGACGCACUGGGAUGGCGACUUCCAGUACAAAAAGAUCAAGUGCAUUGAUUUGCUGGAGAGUCCGAGGGUAACUCCCGAACUCAGAGCCCAAAGACUAUGGGCAGACGAUGGAUCCGAGGAUGAGUUAAGCUUGCUCGAAUAG